CCGCCAUCGCCAUCGCCGAGGAACUUCCUCCUCCCCGUUCGCUCUGCCCGACACUACCAUCUCCGGCAGCUGACCAUCUUCAUCCUCUCUGAUAUUCGCUCAGCCCGACGCCACCAUCUCCGGCACCGCGAGCAUCCGCCGGCCACUGCACCUCUCCUGCAUCUCCGUUCUUCUUGGAUUUGAAUCUUCCUUCAUUUGCUUGGGUUUGCUAUAUACUUCCUAUACUUUAUGAGAGGGCCGGACCUAUAGUGAGGGCCAAGAGGCGGUUGCCUCAGGGCCCAUAAAUUUUGUCAUUUUUGGGGGCCCGUAAAUUUUUUCCAAGCCCACCCCCAAUCAGCGCCUUCUGCAAACCCUGCUCCCUCUCUGGCUCUCUCGCUCUCGUCUCUCGGUCGGUAGCUAGAGAGGUCGCAUCUGUGGCUACUGGCUCUGGCUCUGGCUCUCUAACUCUUACUCUCGCUGGGUGACCGGGUCGCUCGCCUCUCUGCAUUGCCAUUGGGACACUUUGGUUCAAUCUUUAGUGUUGUGUUAUGUUCGGGUUCGAAUUCAAUACCAGUGGCAAAAAAAUUGUUUGGUUCAAUCUUUGGUGUUGUGUUCUUGUUCUUGGCAGGCAGGCAGUGGCCACUGGCCAGUGGGCAUCCCUUCAUACUCUAGAGACUAAGAGACUAGAGUGAAAAAAAUGGGGAAGUCUAAGGCUCCAUUGAAGAAGCAGCAACAGCGUGGUGUAGACUUCAAAAAAAUAAAACGAAAAGUUGGGCGGAAAUUGCCACCGCCAAAGAACGUGACAAACACUGAGAUCAAAUCCAAAGCUAUUGUUCUUCCUGAGCAGAGUGUAGCAUCUGAAAAGGCAGGUUUGGCAGUGAGCAAAAAGGGUUUGACUUUAAAAGAGCUUCUUCAGCAAACAUCUCAUCACAAUCCCAAAAUUCGGAAAGAUGCUUUGAUUGGCAUUAGGGAUAUAUUCCUUAAUUAUCCAACAGAAUUGAGGCUGCAUAAACUUGCUGUUAUAGAGAAAUUGCGUGAACGCAUCAGCGAUGAUGAUAAACUGGUUAGAGAAACACUAUAUCAACUUCUCAAAUCGGUUAUUUUCCCUGGCUGUAGAGAGGAUAAUCAGGGUCCUUUCAUUUCACUGAUGAUGGCAUAUAUUUUCAAUGCAAUGACACAUUUGUCAAUGGAUGUUCGACUGAUGGCUUUCAAAUUUUUUGACCUUGUUGUCCAGCACUAUCCAUCAUCCUUUCCCUUAUAUGCUGAAAAGAUUUUCCAAAACUAUGAAGAUAUAUUGCGAAAGAACCAGUUCCUUUUACGAGAAAAGGGCAAGCUUAAGAAUGUUCUUGGGGGGCUAGUUCACUGCCUAUUAUUGUUACCAAGUAAUAAGGGAGAUCAUGACUUGCCAGGUGGAAAGGAAGCUGCUGCUGAUGUUUUACAUGCUUUUGAGCCUGAAGCACUGGAAGAUCCUGCUGGAUUUUCAGUCAUCAAGAAGAAGCUAAAGGAGCUUGUGCCUGUUUUAGUUAGUUGUUUCCAAGAUUUUAUACAACUGGUUCACAGUAUGCCUCAUCUUGAUGCACAAUCAUUUGAUUGUAUGCAAUAUAUACUUCAGAGCCUAGAUCUUGUAGUCAGAUUCUUUACUUAUGCAAUCGACAACCCUCGGCAAGAGAUACAAGUGAGUGUGCCUCCUGAAGAACUGGAUACAGCCAUACAAGGUCAAGCUAUCGUGUUAUUAUUAUUAAAGAAGUUAUUUGAUUUGUUCCCCCUCAAUCCAACACAUUAUCUCUCAGGAAAGGAAGAUGGUAAAUAUUUUGUCUUGAACGUAAUGAUUACAGAGAUCUUUUUGCAUUCAAGUGACGGGCUGUGCCCUCCUGCUACAUUCUUCGAGAAGUUUCUUGAAUUCAUUGCAAGUGCUCUGUGUGGAGAGAUAUCCGUUGGCACACAGCCUGGUAAAGCUUUCCUGGAAAAGCACUUACUUUUACUCAUUCCUUUUACGCCAAAACUUGUGUUGCUAGUGGAGGGUGGUUGGAAGUCUCGUAUUCUGCAGGCUUUUACGAAGAUAUUCCAAAGUUGCCAUCCAGAGUCUUCACUAAAAUGGGCUUGCCUUUUGGCAGUUGAAGAAAUGCUAAUUCCUCAGAGGCUAGGCUUGCAGCACCUGGAUGCAUGUGAUCCAGAAGUGUUAGACUACCAGAUUACUUGGAUAAGAGAACUUCCUCUGUUGCUAAACUUGUUAGGUGACAAGCAUCCGUUACAUUCCAGGAAUGUCUUGAAUCUUCUACUUCGGAUUGGUCAAUGUGCUGCUUCCAAGACUUGCUUUGUACAGGAGUAUGACAACAUGCAGUACUCCUUUGCAGAAUUUUACUGCACAUGCAUGGAAGAAAGAAGUGUAUCUUAUGGUCCCUUUAUUAAGCUUGACAGAGAUGUCCAGGAGCUUUCUAUAUGUUGCCUUUAUUAUUUCUCUUAUGUGGAUUCCGUGUUACUCAAGUCGUUAGCUUGGUGCUGCUUAUAUGAUGGUUUGGAACCCUUUGUAAUCUUCCGGAUUGUAGAGAUUUUGCAUUCAGCCUAUAAAGUUGGACAUAUUCAGAUUGCUGACCACAUUAGUUUCUUCAUCACCUUACUCUCAGGCUUCAAAGUUUCUCCUGGAGUUUGCCAUGUAGGGAAGAGUUUUCCAGUCUUGGGGAAUGAUGAGAUCUCAAACCGGGGAACCUUUAAGUCGAUUACCAGUCUCGUCUGCUCUUGCAUGUUGCAGAUGGGUGAUGAUUACCUUGUUUUGCGGAUACUAGAAAAAGUAGUUCUCAGUCAGAUAUCACUGGAUCCAGCUUUAGACAAUUUAUGUGCUCUGCUCAGAGUGCUUGCUGCACUUGACUCUAGACCUACAAGACUCUCUCAACAGAGUAUUAUCAAUCUAAGUAAUUUGCUUCCAGUAUACUUGAUUGACGUUGUGUCUUGUUUUCCAGAAGAUACUGAUGAAUCUACUGGGCCAGUUGGUAGAAGUUCAAGCCAUUACUAUCUGCUCCCCUGCUUUUUCUUGUUUUACAGAAGUGACAAAAUUCUAAGAUUUGUUUUGAAGAAGCUGUGUUCGUUGGUGAUUGAAAAAAGGCUAUCACUCUCUUCUUGUGCACCUGAUCAUUCUAGUAGGAUAGCUGCAAUUGUUUCUCUCAUCCGCUUGAUGCAUCAGGAUGUUAAAAUCCGGAAAAUUCUCUCAUCUUGCAAGGCAGAGAUUGACUUGAUUUUACAGAACAUACUUACUAUACAGUCAUCUGAGCAAAUCAACAUCAUUGAAGAAAGGCACAAAAUACAGUCUGCAGUUGAUCAGUUAAAGGCCUUAAUGAGGACACUGUUCAGUGAGAGCUGGAAAUCUAAAUCUGCUUGUCUUGUCCAGAGUGCACUGAAGAAUGCUAUGCAUGAUGCAUCCAUGUCUGAAGAGGACUGAAAUUUGGGGUUUGGAUCAGCAGCGGUGAUUAACACUUUGGUCAGAGUUUUCAAAUGACCUUGGUGCGUGCUUUCCCAAUUUAAGGAAAUUCAAGAGGAACUUUGCAUCCCAACUUAGAGGGGAUUCCAGAUUGAAGGCUGCAGGUUUUACCCACAAAGAUCAGCCAACACUGUUGUAGUUGACUUCUGUUUUUUCCCCCCCUUUUUUUUCAUCCCAGAGGACUAGCUGUUACUAGGUUGUUGCUCACAAUAUUGCCCUUAGGGCGUCCUCUGCAUCGAUGUUGGGAGCUAAAGAUGGAAUAGACCCCGCCAAUAUGCUCAAUGUAUCGGCAGCAAUAUGAUGAGAAGCUAUAUUCUUCCUGGAACAAAAGGGUCAAAACCUUCCACAACCCAUGCUGGAUUCCUAGGCUUUCUUUUACCAUCAGUAUGUAAUGAUAAAGCACCGAUACUCCAGGACCAUGUAAGCCUGUUUAGUGGCACCAGUUGCUGCGACAGGACAAAUUAGUAGUUAUACCAAUGAACAAAGGCCAAUUGCUAGUCCCUAACAGUGGCAUCUGCAAUUUUGAACUAUGGAUGGUGCAGAUGAUCCCCUCUCAGCCCCUCUUCUUGUUGAGCCCCAACUGCUUGCUUUGUCUCUGUAUAGGAGACCAUUUUUUGAUGGGAAGUUCUGUAAAUACAGAAUUGAAUGGAAUGCUUAAUAAUUUAGUUGAAGUUAUGAGCAGUGUCAUAUGUUGUAGCCCUAAGAUUUUGCACAGAGGAUGUUAAUUUGCAUUUUGUCCAGUUUCAAGCAAGGGAA